AUGUAUUCGUCAAUGCAACAAGUCCGGCUGUCGGUCGCACGUCCUUGUCGAUUUGUUGCUCGCCGCCGCUAUUCCGCACCGUUGUCCGCGCGACGAUUCCAUCUGUCACGAACAUGGCUCGCAUCACCGUCCCAAGACCCUCACGAUGCCGCGUCUACAGCGCCAGGGAAUGCUGUGGAAGAUCCUUCCCUCAAAACUGAGAAUAUCUCCGACAAUGGCACGCCGGCGACAUCUCCCUCCGCCGAGUCGGCCAAGUCGAUCACCAAAACCUACGGGUCUGCUGUACGUAGAGCGAUGCGAAACCGAAAGUCCGCGCAGCAGACUUCCACAUCAACGACGACCGUUCCUGCGUGGUUCUACGAGCACAAUAAGGUGUCUCACAGCUCCGGGGACCGCCCUAUACAAUCACUACAACAGGUUACGAUAACUAAGUCGGUGUCACAAAAGGAGCCCGAGGAGGUUCAAAGUGAAAUUCAGGCUUCGGGGGGAGAUUCCGACCCAUCUGCAUCCAGUGAACCACCGGCAGCAUCAGAGAAUCGGUAUGCGGUGGCCGAGGAAUCAUGGGAAGAGCUGCGGGCCUCCGUCAAAGCAGGCUUGCGGUUACCACCUGCGAAAUUUGCCAAAGAGCCUUCGGUGAAGAAGUCGCAUCUGGCGCUACACUACCCGGGUACUGAUGGCAUACCAUUUUUAGACGCGGUGGUGAAGAAGCUUGUCCAUGAGUUGGGCACUGACCUGGUGACCCUUAAUGCCCAGGACAUUGCACAAUUGUUCAGCGAGCAAGAUCUCGCAGAUGUCGGGGUAACUUCGCCCAUUCGAUCUCUCGGUUAUGAUGUAUAUCGACAAUCCGUCCCAACUUCAUGGUCGGAACUUGAAGACCCCGAAGGAGAGGGCGAGGAUGACGUGGCGGAAAUUGGAGGUCCCCGUGGUAUGCGCGGCGAUAUCGGCACACCUCGUUUCAUCACAAUCGAGAGCAGCAAAGAGGCGGGUGAUAUCCCGCUUCCCAACUGGCUUGGGCUGAAAACCCUCCUGGGGGGAUCUAUCAAUGGUCAAACGGAUCCGGAUCCCGGGGCCGGCGCCUCACGAAGUGGCCAGCGCGCUGAAAAUCGGUGGAUUCAACUAGUCAACGAGCUCCUUGGCGCACCAAGUCAACCAGCACCAGCAUUGGCAGUCCCCAAUGGAACAACAGAAAUUGCCGAAACGAAGGCUUUGCCAUCUCGAGACAUCAUUAUGCAUAUCCAGGACUACCGUGACAUUCAAAACAGCCGAGAGGGGUCCAAAUUCAUUUCACUCUUGCACAAAGUUAUCCAAGACCGGAGAGGGGCAGGGUCCAAGAUUCUGUUGAUCGGAACUACCUCGCAGGAAAUCCACCACUCGCCCUCACAAGAUGGUGCUGGUCUGCUGCAAAAUGUCCUCGAUGAUCAGUUCUCGAAGACCUUGUUCAUUACCCCUGCCAUGAGCUCGAAAGACGCCGAAAAGGUCUUCGCAGAAGACCGAAAGAAGCGCACGAUGGACAUUAAUAUUCGCCACCUGCAGAGCAUGCUUCGCUUCCGAUUACAUGAACAGGCUCUGCCUGUAAAAGACAACAUUCUGAGCGACCGCGCUUGGCCGCUGGAACCUUCAACUAUCAAAGAAUCAGGAAUCCAAGAUCGGUACUGGUCGUACAAUCAAGUGCAUUGGAUUUCUACCCUUGCACUUGGCUGCGCUGAAGCCAAUGAGCCCCUUGGGGUUGAGCACAUCCGACGUGGAAUCGAGCUCAUGGAUAAAAGCGACCGAGUCACUAACGAAUGGCUGAAAGAGAAGUCGCCUAAGCAGAAAGAUUCGGAAGUGGGACAGACCAGAGAGCAGCUGAUCAGCUCUUUGCGCAAAACGUGUAACACGCACGAGAAGAAGCUGCUUAACGGCGUAGUUGACGCAAAAAGCAUCCGAACCACAUUCAACGAUGUGCAUGUGCCUCCCGAGACCAUCGAAGCUCUGAAGACCCUGACUUCCCUCUCACUCAUCCGCCCCGAGGCAUUCACAUACGGUGUCCUCGCCACCGACAAGAUUCCCGGCCUUCUCUUAUACGGACCUCCAGGUACCGGUAAAACGCUCCUCGCCAAGGCCGUAGCCCGCGAGAGCGGAGCAACAGUCCUUGAAGUCAGCGGUUCUGAAGUGUACGACAUGUACGUCGGCGAGGGCGAGAAGAACGUGAAAGCGAUUUUCACCCUUGCCAAGAAGCUCAGUCCGUGUGUGGUCUUCAUCGACGAGGCAGAUGCCAUCUUCUGCUCACGCACCGGAGCCAGCAGCCGCACCUCCCACCGCGAACUGAUCAACCAGUUCCUGCGCGAGUGGGACGGCAUGAACGACCUCUCAGCAUUCAUCAUGGUCGCCACAAACCGACCCUUCGAUCUGGAUGACGCUGUCCUCCGCCGUCUUCCCCGCCGUCUACUAGUCGAUCUGCCAACCGAGGAAGACCGCGAAGCAGUCUUGAAAAUCCACCUGAAAGAGGAACAACUCGAACCCUCCGUCGACCUUGCUGAACUCGCCAGACGCACACCUCUGUAUUCUGGUUCUGACUUGAAGAAUCUGUCGGUGGCGGCUGCACUAGCCUGCGUUCGCGAGGAGAAUGACGCGGCGGCUAAGCACACCGGUGACGAGCCAUAUAGCUACCCGGAGCGCCGCAUUCUGACUCGUACGCAUUUCGAGCGCGGAAUGGAAGAAAUAAGCGCGUCGAUUAGUGAGGAUAUGUCCUCGCUGUCGGCGAUUCGGAAGUUCGACGAGCAAUAUGGUGAUCGGAAGGGUCGUCGCCAGAAGAGUCCUGGGUGGGGAUUCAUUCCCGGUGCUAGUGGUGAAGCUUCGGCUGAUUCGGCGCGCGUUCGGACCUGA